CGAGUUGCUCACUGCCCUGUACACACUCUUUGAUGACGUCAUAGACAAACACGACGUGUACAAGGUGGAGACGAUCGGUGAUGCUUAUAUGGUUGCCAGCGGUCUGCCUAAGAAGAAUGGUCACCAGCAUGCGGCUGAGAUAUGCUCAAUGGCCCUGAACCUCCUUCACACGAUCAAAUCGUUCAACAUGCCCCACCGAGAAGGGGAGCUCUUAAAAGUGCGCAUGGGAGUUCAUUCAGGGCCCUGCGUGGCUGGGGUGGUGGGACUGAAGAUGCCUCGGUACUGCCUGUUCGGUGACACGGUGACUGCAUCUCAUAUGGAAUCCACAUCACUGGCGUUGAGAAUACAUCUGAGUCAGUCGACGGUUGACUCGCUAAACAAACAUGGCGGUUUCUACGUAGAGAAGAGAGGCGAGAUAAUCAUGAAGGGGAAAGGGUGGAUGACAACAUAUUGGCUAAACGGGAAGGAAGGUUUCAGAAAGUAAUGCAGAAUUGUCCGGCUGUAUUUCCCGAAGAGCCCAGGAGUAUGGCAGCGUGCAUUGCCAACUGACGACAGUAAACGUGAAUAUGUGAAUGAUAUCGUCCCACAUUAGUCCUUUUUGGAAAUAGUGUUUGCGGUAAUGAUAACUAACAUUGCAGGUCGUCGUCUGGUUAUAAAUUGUUUUUAGCUUUUUAACGUUUUAAUGUCAAAUGUUUAGUGAAUGUUCGAACUAACGUAAACUUUAUGUAAAGGUAAUGCG